AUAGCAGAUUUUGAGCCCUGGAGCUCGCGCUUGUCUCCGCAAAAUUUUCAGGUAAUUUCAGUGCUCGAUUUCGAGCAUAUGGUGGCAUUUUGCUGCCCUCCAAUCGCCAUUGUUGACGAGCUUUGUGGUAGGCGGUACAAGUGCAGUUCGCCGUCUCCGGUGGCGGCGAUGGCAAGCAACGAGGCGCUCCUCCUUGAAUCCCUCACUUCCCGAUACUCGGAAUGGAUUAUAGAGGCCCUCGACGAUCUGCCGCACGAUCUCAGCUUCCUCAUCACUGAUCCCUACAUCGCAGGACACCCCAUCGUCUUCGCGAGCCGUGGGUUUCUUUCUAUGUCCGGAUUUUCUCGCGAGGAGGUCGUCGGCAGGAAUGGGAGGAUAUUUCAGGGUCCCGAUACUGACCGGAGGUCGGUGAUGGCGAUUCGGGAGGCGAUUCGGGAGGAGAGGGCGAUGCAGAUUAGUAUAUUGAACUAUCGGAAGGAUGGGACGUCAUACUGGAUCCUAUUCAAGCUUUGUCCCGUUUUUGGAAGAGAUGAUGGCAAGUUAGUUCACUUCUUUGCUGUACAAGUACCGAUCCCUCGGCUGCGUUCGAGUUCUAAGCGACAGAGCAGUGGACUAUUAGCCGGGGUUUGUAGGAAUGAGGUGCGCUCUGAUCUAGACUUCCGGUGUAGUCUUCCCUUCGAUUCCUAUGACGAUUCGGAUAAUAGAGGGUUGCAGGGGGGAGAACGGCGGGAAGCAGGUGAUCGUGAGAAGCAAAAAGCUGUAGAUGGUGCUACCGAGGUACUAUCGAAGCUGGCGCAUUAUAGUGAGGUCACCGGGAGAGUUGUGUGCGGCAAGAGAUGCAGUCCUAAGGCUGGAAUUUCUUCUCUGUCUUCAUCCUUGUGCACUUCUCUCGGUAGAAUCAAACAGAGCUUUGUAUUUUUGUUUUACAGGACUGAUCCUCAUUUGCCUGAUAUGCCAAUCGUCUAUGCUAGUGAUACCUUCUUUAGUUUGACAGGUUACACCAGAGAUGAAGUUUUAGGACGUAAUUGCAGGUUUUUAGGUGGGCCUGACACAGAUGUUGAGGCCUUACAACAGAUAAAAGAUAGUAUCUUGACAGAAAAAGCUUGCACCGUGCGUAUUCUGAAUUACAGGAAAGAUGGAACUUCGUUCCGCAAUCUUCUACACAUAUCACCAGUUCGAAAUUCAUCUGGCAAGAUUGCAUUUUAUGUUGGAGUUCAGAUUGAGGAGGGAUUGAAGAAUGAUGAGCAUGGGCUGAGCCCAUCGAUCAGGCAGCUCGGUGCUGUCGGUGCAGUUAAAGUGGCUGUGAGGAGCUUGUCUUCAAGCGCAGGAUCAUCUUCCAGGUCCUUUUCAUAGUAUUCACUGUAGUUGUAAAUUUGUGGCCUAGCAGCCAAAUUGUACUUAAUCUGUCUCUUUGGGGCAAAGAAGGAGACUGGGUGCACAAGCGCUCAAUUCCAAAGCCUUCUUUGUUGUAAUGUUUUAUAUUAACAUAUGAGGUUUAUUUCAAUGAAAAUUGAAACCCGACAGUUAUGAAUAAGUUUUUCACACUUGUGGCAAUUUCAAAAGAUUGGUAGACCUAAA